GUCGGCUCCAGCGCAGGCCGGCAGUGGCCCCAGUGUGCUCCAGAGCCAGGCUCCAGGGCGUGCGGACCAGCGAGCCUCGCAGCGAGCGACCCGAGCAAGCAGAACAGCAGGUACGCCACUGCACCGAGCAGCACAACUACGGCCACCUCUCCAACGGGGACAUCCGCCCUUCGGCCCUUCGCGCGCUUUGACGCCGGGAUUCCAGGAUGGGGCUGACCUACGAGCCGCUGGACUCGGCCGUGGCGGAGCGGCUGGACAGCCUGUUCGGCGCCAAGGACUGCCUGAUCGAGGUGAACCCCGGGCGCGUCAUCAUGCCGCCGCGCUACCAGGACAUCGGCGACCGCAUCCGGGGGCUGCGCCUGAGCGAGGACGACGUAUGGGUCGUGUCGUACCCGCGGACCGGCAGCACGUGGACGCAGGAGAUGGUGUGGUGCAUCGGCAACGACCUGGACUUCGACCGCGCCAAGCGGCUCAUCCAGCAGUUCCGCACGCCGAGGAUAGAACUCACUGCGCUGCUGGACGCCGACGAGGACUUCGCCAAGGAGCUGGGCGACACGGUGGAGAUGGUGGAGAACAUGGCGUCGCCGAGGUACAUCAAGAGCCACUUGCCGUGGGACUUGCUGCCGGAGCAGAUGGCCAUCGUCAAACCCAGGGUUGUUUACGUCGCUCGUGACCCGAAGGACAUGUGCGUGUCCUACUACCACCACUGCCGGCUCAUAUACAACAUGAAGGGGUCGUUUGAGGAGUUCGCCGAGCUGUUUCUGCAGGACAAAGCACCAGUCGGUCCAAUGUGGAGCCAUAUUUUGGGUUUCUGGGAGAAAAGGCACGAACCGAAUAUACUCUUCCUUAAAUAUGAAGACCUGAAAAAGGACCUCCCCGCGACCAUCAGGCGGACAGCCCUGUUCCUCAACAAGCAGCUGUCGGAGGACGACGUGCUGAAGCUGGCCGACUACCUCAGCUUCCACAACAUGAAGAACAACCCGGCCGUCAACCUGGAGCAAGUCAUGGCCAAGCGUCGCGGCCGGGACUCCGUGGCGGACGCGGACAGAUCCGACGACCUGGCGUUCAUCAGGAAGGGCGAGGUGGGCGACUGGAAGAACUACAUGUCGGACGCGCUCGUGGCCAAGUUCGACGCGUGGACAGAGACGAAUCUGGCCGGCACGGGGCUCACAUUCCAGGCAUGAUGUAAUAUUAUUUUUGUACUAUAACUACUUCGGGGAAUGAUGCGUCCUGUGUGUCUGUGUGUGUGCGUGCAUGUGUGUGUGUGUGUGUGUUUGCGUGCUUUGUGUUACCAUUUUAUUUAUAAGCAUUGUACAAAGUAAAUAUGCCAUUGACUGAAGUCGUAGAGGACGCCCCUAGAGAGGAAGGUCGCCUACAAGCAAUCUCGGACACCUCAAAUAUCGCGCUCGGACUGACAAAGACUUUUCUCGAUCAAUGUCUGCGUACGUAAGUUGCUGCCAAGGUGUCUUUCAGCCCAGACCGACCAGACAAACGGUGCUGGGCGAACGAUUUUUAAGCACUGUUAUGUUUCUUUUUUCUAAGCAUUAUUUUCUGAAAAAUACAUAUAUGUGAAAAUGUC